AUGGAGCUGCCGCUGGGCUCCGAGUUCGAGGAGUCCGUCUUCGAGGGAGGCGGCCGGCAGCGGGAAGGGCGCUCUUCCCUUGAAUACAGCGCCCGGUGCUGUGAGCCGGAGAAGGCCCUGGCCGAGUAUUCGGACUGCCUUGCCCUGUUGCCUCCUAGCAAUCUUGCCAUGAGAAGAGACGUGCUGGAGAGCCAGGCUCGCUGCUUAGCUCAGCUGAGGAGGCCUAAGGAAGCUUUGGAGAUUGCAGAAAAGCUGAAAAAUGGGGCAACCAAUACUGACCACAUGACCACUGUGCUAGGCUUGCAGCUUGUUAUUUUCCGCAUUCUGGAACAUAGUGGGAAGAUCAUAGAGGGCCUGCAGCAACUCAUUGCAUUACACCCUUUCCACCCAGGGAACUGGAAGCUGCUUGCUGAGGCUUAUAGGAGACUUUUGAAGCCCCCGGCCCUAUUUCCAGGGUCAGAGACUGAUCCCCAUCAGUGUGGUGUCUCAGCUACAGGGGACUCUCUCCCCGUUUCAUCAGCUGCAGCCAACUUCCAAUGUCGCAAGAAGCACAGUUUGGGGAAUGAUGCAUCUUCGUGGUUUUCUCCCAAAACAAAUGGCAGCUUUGGGUCUUGCGAGGAAGGCCAAAGAAGAGUGGGACUCCCUAGUGCCUUGGGGAAAUCAGAAGCACACCACAAAAUGAAGACUGCUGACUGUGAUUCCAUGGAACGGCCGCAAGACAUUUGGAUAUACGCAUGUGCUUCUUUUGUUAGAGCAAGGCUCUUGUUUCAGCUCACGGAAUCGAACCAAUCUUCCUUCGCUUUAGAAAGAAACUUACAAGCACAGCGAGAAAUUGAAGACCGGUUGGCAUCUAUGGAGCUGAAGGAACAAGCUUUGUCCGUGGUAACUGAGAUGAUGGGAGAGGAUCUUGUCCCGGAAAAGCUGAAAGAAGAUGCUCAGGGAGAGGUGAAAUGCAUUGGGGCUUCAGCCUUGACGUCCCUCUUGAGUGCAGCCACUGAGGAGUUUGAAAGAAAGUGGUUCCACAAGCUCAAACAGAACUUUUCUCACUUGGACUGCUGGACUUGAAUGCAGUUUGGCUAACAUGGAGUUCCUUUUUCUGUCUUUCAUUUUAUCCUGGUUGUUAACAGGGCUUGUAUGGAUGUGGGUCAAGGAAUGUGCUUAGCCAAACUACCGGUGUUUUACUCUGACCGGAGAAGGACUGAAAGUUGCAUCACACACCUGGAGCAAGCCCUCUCACAGUUUGAUUGACUGAAUGACUUAGCUUUCUCCAAGGCAGGCUGUGCUGUUUACAUACAAGUGCCUUGGUUAUUAGGUAGGUUGGUGAGCUCAUUAAUGCAUUGACCUAAGGGACUAGCCAAGAUUGUGCCCCUUGCCCACACUUUGGGACUGGUGGCCUAUUCAUUUUUGCUGUUUUGGCGCAUCGUGCCCAGAGUAGGGGGUUGACAGAUAGUUCCGCUCUUUAUUGUUUUGGAUCUACUCACACUGCCCACCUGGAAAGGAUCAGAAAUUCUAUAUGUAGAAUAAAGAGCAUGUGUCCUUUUUUACACUAAAGUUUUCCUCAGUCAGAAGGUUGGGGGUUUUUUUGGUUUGGUUUUGUUCUUGGCGUAACUAUGGUUAUCAUGAUCACUUUAUAUGUGACUGCACUGAAACCAAAUGUAGAGAAUAUUAUGGGGGGAAAGGAAUAUGAAAAAUACUUGCUAAAUGAAGAGGUUUAUGAUUUGGUGGUAGAAUUAGGGUCCAAUCAACGGUGUAAAAGGGCAAUAAAUGCACAAUAUGGAGAUACCAAAAUGACAGGAACAGAAGCUUGGGAAGCAUAUGUUGCUCUAUUCGAUAUACAUUCAAUUAAGUUUAUUUAUUAGAGGCAAAUGCUAUUUUAGGUUCAUAGAAUAAUGAAGUUGGAAGGGGCCUAUAAGGCCAUUGAGUCCAACC